CCGAGCUCACGGUGCGCGAAGCGAUGCGCUUCAUCCGGACGCGCGCUCGUCCAUGCAGCGGAGAGCGGAGUGGAUCUCACCACUGAAGGGGGAAUCUCCUCCCGUUACCCAACCAAUGUGAUACCCUGUGGCUCUUCGGGAGAGGUGUUCCUCUGUCGUCUCGAUUGUCUUCACCUUGUUUACUCUUAACGGCAACAUUUCUUCGCAUUCAGAGAAUAAUGGAAGCGCUUGCGACGAGAUGCGCACUCUUUCUUGCGCAGAUCGCACUCUUCAGUAAUACAGUGGAUGUAUCAGAAGCAUAUGGAUAUAGAUCACAGAAGAAACUCUCAGAGAACAUAGACUGGUCAUACGCGGGAACUCUAAACCAAAAUAACUGGGCAAAGAAAUACCCGUCAUGCAACAACGCCAAACAAUCACCAAUAAACAUCGAGGAGAGCCUGGCGCAGGUCAAAAUUCAGUUCCAGAAGCUGAGAUUAGAGGGAUGGGCGGAAAAGACAUCAGACUCCACUACAGUAAAGAAUGAUGGGAAAACAGUGGCUAUUGAUGUGGGAGGAGAUUUUUUUGUGAGUGGAGGGGGUCUCAGAUCCAAGUUUAAAGUGGGACGUAUCACUUUCCACUGGGGCCUGUGCAACGCCUCUUCUGACGGGUCGGAGCAUGGCCUCAAUGAUAAAAAAUUCCCCCUAGAGAUGCAGAUAUACUGUUACGAGGCAGAUGUUUUCAGUGGCCUCGAUGAGGCCCUCAGCGCAGGAGGAAGGAUCACAGCGUUGGCCGUGCUGUUUGAGAUAAGCACUGAGGAUAAUGAAAACUACAUGGCCAUUAUUGAUGCAGUCAACAGUGUCAGCCGUUAUGGAAAGAGCGGCCCCAUCUCUCCGUUCACCUUGCAGGAUCUCCUGCCCAACUCCAUAGAGAAGUACUUCAUCUAUAACGGCUCUCUGACCACCCCACCCUGCUCUGAGACCGUGGAGUGGAUUAUCUUCAAAAACACAGUGACCAUCUCAGACGUUCAGCUGGAGAUGUUCUGUGAGGUGAUGACCAUGCAGCAGGCUGGAUAUGUCAUGCUUAUGGACUACCUGCAGAGUAACUACAGAGAGCAGCAGGAGCAAUUUAUGGGACAAGUCUUCUCAUCCUACACCGGCGUCGAGGAGGUCCACACUCCUAUUUGUAGUUCCGAGCCAGAGAAUGUGCAAGCCAACCCUCAUAAUCACACCAGUAUGCUUGUGAUCUGGGAGAGGCCGCGGGCUGUUUAUGAUUCGAGCAUAGAGAGAUACUCCGUCACCUACCGACCAACCCAGGGUGAUGAUGAAUCGGCCUUGGAGUACUUGACUGACGGAGACCAGGAUGUGGGGGCAAUUAUUCAAGACCUAUUGGCCAACACUAGUUACAUGGUGCAGGUAGUUGCUGUGUGCACCAACGGUCUGUAUGGCAGAGUGAGUGACCAGCUGAGCGUGGACAUGCCCCUGGAUGAUCCUGAAACAGACAAUGACUCCAACUCAUUUGAGUAUGAUGAAGAGGAAGACUAUCACAUCAAUCCAUUUUUGAUCAGACCUGGCACAAAUCAGCUUCCAUAUCCUUUCCAAACCACUACCACUGGUCCGAGAGCUACUACAACACAGCGCUCGAUGCAUCCAAUCUUUAAGACGACACCAAGGACUCAUGAAAGAAGAUUCCCGAUAGAAGACUCCCAGAAGACUCAUGAUCAUUAUUUUCCAGCAGUAUACACAGAUAAACCUACUUUGAAAUACACAGACCAACCUACUAUCCAUGCAACAAUAACUACCAGUUUUGUUGUUGAUGUACAUACCACUAGACCAGGUGAUUCUAGCAUUGUAGCAGGUGUAUCUUCAGAGUCUGAUGGCCAAAGUAAUACCUUCACACAUUUUCCAACAAGCAUCAACCCUGAAACAAGUGUUACCCCAGAAACAAGCAGAACACUUGAAGCAAGUUUUACCCCAGAAACACGUAGAACACUUGAAACAAGUGUUACCCCAGAAACAAGUAGAACACUUGAAACAAGUUUUACCCCAGAAACAAGUAGAACACUUGAAACAAGUUUUACCCCAGAAACAAGCGGAACACUUGAAAAAGGUUUUACCCCAGAAACAAGCGGAACACUUGAAACAAGUCUUACCCCAGAAACAAGCGGAACACUUGAAGCAAGUGUUACCCCAGAAACAAGCGGAACACUUGAAGCAAGUGUUACCCCAGAAACAAGCGGAACACUUGAAGCAAGUGUUACCCCAGAAACAAGCGGAACACUUGAAGCAAGUGUUACCUCUGAAACCAUCAGAACCCUUGAAACAAGUGUAACCCUUGAAGCAAACCUUACCCCUAAAACAAGCAGAACUCUUGAAGUAAGUGUUACCCCUGAAACAAGUAGAAACGCUGAAACAAGCGUAACCCUUAAAACAUCUGUAAUUUCACCUUCGAUAGACAUUGUGGACGUUGAGAAAGUGACUCAACCUAUAACCGAGUCACACAGCUAUGUGGAGAGUUCAGUGACUGUAGCCCCAUUACCUGAAAUCCCAAUGGAAUCAACUUCCUCUACCUUCCCCCCAGAGGUCCCUCUGUGGCCUACAACUGCUAGCUUGCCUGCUGCUUUCAGCACUGUUCUGUCGCAGACCACCCAGCCGGUGUUUAAUGGUGAGAGUGCCUCGUAUGCCCCCUCUGUAUUUGACACUUUGUCCUACUUGCAUGCAAGUCCUGUGUCCCCCUAUUCCUUAAGCAGUGUUUUGUCUGAGCCCAUCCCUGACUGGGACAUCCCGUACACUGUUUCCAUGCUGGUGUACGGUGGUGCACAGUCGAUUACCCCUUCCCCUUCCUACCCUACCCUAUUCCUCACUGGCUCUGUGUCUUAUUUAGACAUGGAGCCUGUCUCUAGUGGUGAUUGUAAUGAUGAUGAUGGUGAUGAUGAUAUUUUGUCUGGGUCCAUUUCCGCUGACCCUCAGUGUAGAAGUACCCUUCAAACGUUACCAGAGGUGACUGCUUCUGUGGUCUCCAUGCAGCCAAGCUCUGAACAUGACCUCUUUGAGUCCCUCAGUAUUGUUUCCACUCUGAGCAAACUUGCACAUCUCCAGCCUUCAGUUCCUGUUUCUAGCGGCUACUCUCUGAUGAAGACAACCCUUGGCUCUGACUCUUCUCUCUCAGGUAGCGUUAAGGACACUAGACUGCUGACGGAAUGGGUAGAUUCAUCUCUAGUAACUCCUACAUUUAGUCAAGACAAUGGUGCUGAAAUCUCUCUGCAUGCCUUUUCUAACUUCCUGCUGCCCUCCUCUACUUUGGGACUGCCCCCUCGUAGUGGUCUCUUGGGUGACCCAUCUAGUCCUGUAGAACACCAUUCAUUUCUAUCCACCUCCAGUGCUGGUACUCCUCUGUGCAGCGACGCAGGCUUGGAACUCCACACCGAGGCUUCUUUGUCUUCUCUUCCUAUUUCCAUCAUUCCUUCUAGUGACUUCAGCAUUUCUGUUUCAGCCGGCAUCAGCAGUGUUGCACAAAUAGCAACAGGACAGUCCCAGGGAGUACUUGCUUCUGUAAGGUCAUCAACUAUUGCGUCCACCUCUACUCCAGAAUUCAUAUUUAUACCUACUCCUGUGGUGCCUCCAACUGUUGCACCUACCUCUGCCCCAGAAUCCAUCUCAGUGAUUGCUCCUGUGGUGCCCCCAACCGUUGCAGUUUCCUCUGCUCCAAAUUCUAGUUCCAUGCCUACACACUCUGCAGAUGGACAACUAGAGAACAGUGCCUCAGGCUGGGCUCUUGACUUAGAUUGGGGACAAAGUUCUGCAUCAGGAGAUGGGAGCAUCGUCCCAUACAUCACUACUGCCACUCCUACAGAGGUGCCUCCUAAUGAGACAGACGAUGGGAACGAGGAACACUCUUCCUCCUUCUACUUUGAGGGUGAGAAUGGGACAGAUAGUGAAUCUACAGAGUUGAAAGUCGCUCUGCGCCCCAGCCCGUCUUGGACUCUAAGAGGAAGUGGGGAAGAGGAGAGUGGAUCAGGUGAAAACCUCACAGAUAACGAGACAUCUUCAGACUUCAGUAUUCCUGAGCGCACUGAGAGGGAUUCAGAGGAGGAACCAGUGGAAGAUGCCGGUAACAGCAGUCAUGAGUCGCGGGUGGGCCUAGCUAGCAGCAUAGAGCGCCAGAAGAAGGCUGUGAUUCCUCUGGCUGUGGUCUCCAUCCUCACUUUCCUGGGUCUCGUUGUUUUGAUUGGCAUUUUUAUCUACUGGAGGAAAUGUUUUCAGACUGCUCAUUUCUACAUUGAAGACAGCACAUCACCCAGGGUUAUAUCCUCCUCGCCGUUGCUGAGCCCUGCAGGUGAACAUGAACCCCAGCCAGUAAAGCAAUUUGUAAAGCACGUGGCUGAGCUUCACAACACCAACUCAUUUUCUAGAGAGUUUGAGAUAUUGAAAGAGUAUUUUGAGGAAGUUCAGACGUGCACCGUGGACCUCGGAACAACAACAGACUGUUCCAGCCAUCCAGACAAUAAGAACAAGAACCGAUACGUCAACAUAUUAGCCUAUGAUCACAGCAGAGUGCGCCUCGCACCCCUACAUGACAAAGAUGGGAGAAGCGGAGGCGACUAUAUAAACGCCAACUACGUCGAUGGUUUUAACAAACCGAAAGCCUACAUUGCAUCACAAGGGCCCUUAAAGUCCAGCACAGUGGAUUUCUGGCGGAUGGUGUGGGAGCAGAAUGUGGGAGUGAUUGUUAUGAUCACAAACCUGGUGGAGAAAGGAAGGAGAAAGUGUGACCAGUACUGGCCUCUGGAGAACCAGGAAGAGUAUGGAUGUUUCUUGGUUACUGUUAAGAGCACAAAAGUCCUCGCUUAUUACACCCAGAGAACCUUCGCCAUUAGAAACACCAGUAUAAAGAAGGGUUCUCAAAGAGGUCAUAGUAACGAGAGGACGGUAAUACAUUAUCAUUACACACAAUGGCCAGACAUGGGAGUACCUGAGUACGUCUUGCCUGUGCUUUCAUUCGUCUACAAGUCCUCUAGAGCCCAAACUGAGCACAUGGGGCCGAUGAUUGUACACUGCAGUGCUGGAGUGGGCCGAACAGGGACCUACAUAGUGUUGGAUGGUAUGUUGAAACAGAUUAAAGCACAGGGGACAGUCAACAUUAUGGGUUUCCUCAAACACAUUCGUACACAACGAAACUACCUAGUUCAAACAGAGGAGCAAUACAUCUUUACCCAUGAUGCUCUAGUAGAGGCCAUUUUAAGUCAAGAGACAGAGGUGCCAUCAAGCCAUAUUCAUCAGUAUGUUAACAACCUCCUGACACCAGGGGCCUCAUGCAAGACACGUCUGGAAAAACAGUUUAAACUGGUGUGCCAGUCCAAUGCCAAACAGAGUGAUUUCAGCAGUGCCCUGAGUGACUGCAACAGGAUGAAGAACAGGAGCUGCUCUCUGAUUCCUGUGGAGAAAUCCAGAGUGUGUUUGUCCACAUCAGCAAGAGAGACGUCAGACUACAUCAACGCCUCGUAUGUCACGGGUUAUCGGCAGAGCAAAGAGUUCAUCAUUACCCAGAAUCCUUUGCCCAGCACAGUGAAGGACUUGUGGAGGAUGGUGUGGGAUCACAACGCCCAGGUUAUUGUUUCACUGCUGGACGCGAGCAGCACGACAGAAGACAGCGAGCCAAUCAUAUUCUGGCCUGCGAGAGAUCAGCCAGUCAGCUACGAGACAUUUUCCGUUUCGUUAAAAGGGGAGGGCCAUGUGUGUCUGUCCAAUGAAGAUAUGUUGAUAGUGCAGGAGUACAUCCUCGAGGCCACGCAGGAUGACUUUGUUCUAGAAGUGAAGCAUUACCGGGCUCCACGCUGGCCCAACCCAGACAGUCCCAUCAGUAACGUCUUUGAGCUGAUCAACAUCAUCCAAAAAGAGUCCGGCUCCAAAGAUGGACCUAUGGUCGUUCAUGACGAAGAUGGCGGUGUGACUGCUGGAACCUUCUGUGUGCUGUUCACUCUGCUGCAACAGCUUGAGGCCGAGAGCGCUCUGAACGUCUACAUGAUGGCCAAGAUGACCAACCUCAUGAGGCCUGGAGUCUUCACUGACAUCGAUCAGUAUCAGUUCCUCUACAAAGCCAUUCUGAGUUUGGUCAGCACCCAAGACGACGAGCGGGCGCUUCAGUCCUCGGAUAACAACGGCACGGUCCCAGGAGGCAUCUCGAGUGCGGCCGAGAGUCUGGAAUCCUUGGUGUAACCAUAGCGACGAGCCGGCACAGGAAAAAGACUGCUUUUUUUUCUAUCAAAGAAUGCUCUUGUUUUUCCCCAGUCCAUCUCUGAACUGAUAGCGCUCUGCUGGAUGCAGCGCCGGCGGUAAAUGUGUGCCUUUGUACACUCCACGUUUUUAUUCAUCCUUUCUCUUUUAAAUCGCCACCUUGUGCUAAUGUCUUACGUACUAAUGUCUUCUCAUAGAGUCAUAUUUAUUUGCUUAAAAGCUUGUUUAAAGGGAAACAUCUUUUUUUAUUUUAAUAAGACCGUUUUUUUUAUUUAGUCUAUUUUUUUGUAGUAGAAUUUGAGCCACUGUUUUUUCAUACAGAUAUACAAAGAAAGUGGCAAAACCAGUCGUGGAUAAAGGGCAGGAAAUAAUAUUCUAAUGUGUAAAUAAUAUUACAGCGACCACGUCAAUGGACCAAAUUUCUAUUUAUGUCUAGAAUUUUAUAUUUGAGGCGCUAGUGCUGCAAGACAUGGCUGCAUUUUAAUAAUUUAGUCAGAUUUGAAAUGGUUUUAAUAUUCCUGAUGCCGCUGUGUUUUGUUACUGACAUAUAAGAUGUUUUACUGACACUAGAUGUACCAGAUGUUUUUGUCUGUUCGUAGGAUUAAACGAAUCAAAGCAC